CUUUCAGGUCCUUCACUACCAAAGAAAAAAAGGUUCAUAUAGUAAGAAAAAAAAAUAAGAUGGAGGUCAAACAAAGAGCCUUGGAGUCACCCAAGAUGGAAACAAAAGCGGAGGGUGAGAAGAAGAUCACAAAGAAAGAUGAUAUGAUGAUUAAAGGGCAUCUCGAAAUCAUUGAGGGUUUAAGACAAACUAAGACGAUAAGAGAUGAUCAAUCUUCUAAGAGCUCGACAUCAUCAUCAUCAUCAUCAUCAUAUAUUAUGAAAAUCAAGAUUGGAAAUUGCAAAAACUCGAUUCAAAGAUCAGAAAACACUAAAAUGAUGGAAACAUACCCAAAGAACAAGAUGGUGAUCAUGAAUCCGAAACUAAACACAGAAGAGAGUACCAAUCUUGAUAAGAUGAAGAAUAGGAAAGUAUGGGACUGCGAAAGCACACUCUACGACUCGUUCGAGCUCAACUCUUUCAAUCGCCAACUCAACUCAGCCAUCUCUUCCUCAGCUAGAUCCAUGUCCAUGCCUCACCUCUCUUCUCCUCCUCCACCGUCAGAAACAACAUCUUCUUCAACCAAGAAGCAACAAUCCCCUACCAAGAAGAUCUCACGUUCUCUCGGGAAACUCAUUAAAUCAAUGUUCAAACAGAAACAAUCAAACGCUCUGUUUAAGACAGGUCAUAGCGGUGUAGACAUGGACAAAUACUACGUUGUUUUUGACAAGACGGGCUCACUCACCACGAUCCCCGAGUCUGGAGAGUCAACAGAGAUGGUUGGCUCAGAGAUCAACUCGCUUGUUAGGAAAACAACGUCCGAGCGAAUCCCGCAGAGUCGGCUCGUUGUUUCGGGAUAACCGGAGAAGAUGUUGAUGGGGCUUGAGCAACUGGCAGGAUGGCUCUUACAUUGUUGGAGGCAGCUCUGCGAACAACAGUGACCCAACUAUCACCACCGACGUCUAGAGACAUAAAGCCAAGGAAUCCAUCCUCGACGACAUGACAACAGUUAUCUCUCACCUCCAUCCAGAAGCAGCUCAAGAACGCCUCUUGGAUGCCUACACUAAUUCAACUUCAGUUUGGCUAAAGAACUUGAAGCGGAUCUGCAAUCCCUCUUGGAUGCUUUCAUUGAAAUCCAAGGCCAAGUAUUAACCAUCAUGUUGUAGAAUCUGUAUCAUUAAAAUUAGUAGCUGAUACUUGUUGAGACUAGAUGUUAUUUGUAGAGUGGUUCAAAUAUUUAUAGAAAUUUUAUUGUAUAUAUAUUUAUAUAAUGACACUUCUAAUCAAUUUUGAAGUUG